AAAAAGAUAAGCUUUAAACGGAGCUUCCCUUCUGACAUUUCCGGCCUGCAAACACCUCAUGAAUGACACACAUCGAACCCACAAAAUGUAUACAUACACACAUCUGUAUGUAUACAUUUACACACACUAAGUGUGUGUUUUGUUUACUCUGGAAUAAUAAUGUCAUCUGUUCUCAAUGCAAAGUACACCAACUAGUACACUACCCACAUCUAAUCUGCAAACCACUUUCUCUCUCUAGAUUUACACUGUUUUAUCUCUAUAAAAAGGGUUUAAGAGAGAGAAAGUGUUGUGUUUGUUGAAGCAAGGUAUGAAACCGUACUAUGGAGGGUGAUGAUGAAAUUCGAAGACAAGUGAGUAAGUUUCAAAAAAUUAGUUGUAAUGGCAGUUCUGUAAUUAGUGACACUUCUUCAAACCCUAGUAAAAUAGCUACCCAAAAAGGUAACCAUCUGUUUCCGGUGGGAGAUGGUGGCGGUAUUGGGAGGUUGUGCGGGUGGCCGUCGUCUAGGAUAGUUAGGGUUUCUAGGGCUUCUGGUGGAAAAGAUAGACAUAGUAAGGUGUUAACCUCAAAAGGGUUGAGAGACCGCCGUAUUCGGCUGUCCGUAUCCACUGCAAUCGAGUUUUACGAUCUACAAGACCGGUUAGGAUACGACCAGCCGAGUAAGGCGGUCGAGUGGCUGAUAAAAGCUGCGUCGAGUUCCAUCGACGAGCUUCCGUCACUCGACCCGUCUUUUCCCGGUGGUGGUUGUGGUAACCACCACCGGGAACAACGUCAGCUCAUAGCAGCUGACAACAACAACAAAUCCGUUGAAAACGACACGGAUUUUGAAGAUCCAAACCACCAACCCCAUCAGCAAAGUAAUAGUAACAGUAAUAAUAACAAUAACAAUGCGUGCAGUAGCACAUCCGAGACCAGUAAAGGGUCCGGACUCUCGCUAGCCCGGUCCGAAAACCGGAUCCGGGCUCGAGAACGCGCUCGUGAUUUAGCUGCGAAGAAGGAAAAGGUUAAGGAAACCGCGGUGGUCGUUGUGAACGGUAGUUCAUCAUUCACAGAUCUUCUAACCGGUGGAAUCAACAACAACAACAAUUCAAACUCCCAUAAUAUGGAUUACUUUCAAAUGCAACAAUUCAACAACAUCCCCACCGGAGCGAACCAACACCAACCACAGAACAAUCAGUUCCCUUUCUUUCAAGGGAACUUUGCACCCGGUGGGUUAGCUUCGGGUUUGAAUAGGGGGACCCUUCAGUCCAAUUUAUUGUCUCAUCAUCAACAACAACAUAUUCAUCAACUUCAAAGGUCGUUUCAGCACGGGUCAAUGGUGGAUGGAUCCGCAUCUGCAAACUUCCCUUUCUUCAUGGCUCCUGGUCCUGAUCAUUUUCAAGCAGCUGGGUUCGAGUCUCAACGGUUGCAACUGUACGGUGGAGGUGAUGCUUCAGGGAGGCAUUCUGAUCAGAAAUCAAAGAACUAGCUUAAAAUCUUCAUCUUUGGUGAAGAUGGAGGAGAUUGUCGGGUUUUAAUACUCCUGCUGCUACUACUACUACAUCAAUUUUGUGACGCUUCAUUUGGCGAAUAGUAUGUGUUGCGUGGUGUGCAAGUAAUAGUUUUCAUGAGGAAUUCAUCAAGGCAGAUCAAACAAUGAUUUUCUUUAAUUUGCUGUUUAUGUGUUCUGAAAUUCACGUUUGUUGAGUUUCUUUAUAAAACUUUUGAUCCAGACCUUAAUUGUAUGUUGUUGAAUCUCUUCAUGUAAAUGUGAUUAUUUUUUGCCAUCAA